UCAUUUUCAAAGUUUUAUAAUCACUUUUAUGCCAGCGAAUAUCUCGGCCAGUUCAGACUUCAGAACAACAAACAGCUCAAACAGAGAGGUCAACUCCACCGUCUAACACGCCACUUACUAUUCCCGCUUUCAUCCUUCUUUUUCCUUCUUCCUCUUGUUUUUCUUGUGUUUUUUUUUGUGCGGUACAUUUAUUGAAAAACUGAUAAAAACAGAUUCAGUGUUGGAAUAUAUAUUAUCCCAGAAAAGCUACUGUAAAAUUCUUUCUGGAUUCUCUUGAAAAGUUUGGGAUUUGGAAAAACGGUAUCAUAAGCUUAAAUAAACCCAUUGUUGUUGAUGGGUAAAGGAGGUGGUUGCAUAUUCAGCAAGAAAAGAUCAACUUUAGAAGCGCCAGAUCAAGAUCCUCCAAACCCUGAUAGGGAUGCUCCUGUUCUUUCCCAGAACCAAACUCCGGCUGCCACGACUACAGCUAUCACGGUUGAAAACAGUUCAUCCCACGAAGUAAAGAAACUAAAAGUAUUCAUAGUUUUUUACUCAAUGUACGGCCAUGUAGAAUGUUUAGCUAAAAGAAUGAAGAAAGGAGUGGAUUCCAUUGAUGGGGUUGAAGGGUUUUUGUACAGGGUUCCGGAGACACUGCCAAUGGAUGUAUUGGAACAGAUGAGGGUGCCUCAGAAGGAGGAUGAGUUGCCUGUCAUAUCAGUUGAUGAAUUGGUGGAGGCUGAUGGACUGUUGUUUGGUUUCCCUACGAGGUUUGGUUCCAUGGCAUCACAAAUGAAAGCAUUUUUCGAUUCUACAGGGCACUUGUGGGAACAGCAGAGGCUUGCAGGCGUGCCUGCUGGGUUCUUUGUCAGCACUGGGACGCAGGGUGGUGGCCAGGAGACUACUGCCUGGACAGCUAUCACUCAAUUAGCCCAUCAUGGGAUGCUUUAUGUUCCCAUUGGCUACACCUUUGGUGCUGGAAUGUUCAAAAUGGACUCACUUGGAGGAGGGUCCCCAUAUGGUGCAGGAGUUUAUUCUGGUGAUGGCUCCAGGGUACCAAGCGAAACAGAGCUGGCUCUUGCUGAGCAUCAGGGAAAAUACAUGGCUGCAAUGGUCAAAAGGUUUGCCCCUCCUCAUUCUUCUGUAUCUGGUGACAGCCUUAACUAGAACUUGCUCAAACAACAUUGUGUCCAUCUUCAUUCAAUUUCUUUUUCCUUAUUUAUCUAUAUAUAGAGACGGUCUUCAGAUAUCACUUGUCAAUACAUCUUGGAUAACUGAGUGGCCCAUACUUUUCUAGCUUGAACUACCUAUAAUAGCUCCCCUUUUAGAGCUUCUGCUUCCCUUAUUUGUUGUAAGUGUUGUAUUUAUAUAUGAUUGAAGUUCUUAUGUUUGAAUAACUGUAAGAUUAAUUCAUUAAUAAUAUUGUGGUAGGUGUUCUUUGGUAACACUUUUUUUCUA